GACACCGUCGGAUACCAUCUCGGUUAUAAUAUCGUAGCAUCGUUUGGACGAGAGCAGAUAACGGUGCAUACUAAUGACGGAGAAAUCGGAGAGUGAAGCGAGCCCUAAUCCCACGACGUCGGAGGCGACUCCCGCAAAGCAGGAGGAAGCUCCGGUCGAGGUGCCAAAAUACAGGUCUGUGGUUUUGAGCGCGUACGGUGGCACGAAGCACGUUCGAGUUGAGUCGGAAGAAGUCAAGGCCCCUGGAAAAAACGAAAUUGAGGUGACUGUGGAAGCAUGUGGAAUGAAUUUCUUGGAUAUUAUGGUCCGCCAAGGCCUGAUCGAUCAGACGACUAAACCUCCAUUCGUCUUGGGAGCUGAAUGUGCGGGAACUGUGUCAGCCGUCGGUGAAGAUGUCACCACAUACAGAGUCGGCGAUCGCGUCGUAGUCAUACUGGAGUCCGGGGCUUGGGCGGAAAAGAUUAUCAUCCCGGUCGAGAAGGAAGUCAAAGCCGAGGGAGCUGAAAAACCAACCAAGGAAUUCGCAGAAUCCACGAUCGUUUUACCCUGGCCUUCUUCGUUGUCCGCGGCGGAAGCUGCCAUCUUGCCGUUUGCCUACUUGCCGGCCUACUUUCUGCUACACAAAGUGGCCAAUGUUUCACCUGGAGACGUGGUCCUCGUUCAUUCGGCGGGUGGAGGCGUUGGCAGCGCCAUUGGCCAACUAGCCAAAACGAUACCCGAUGUCAAACUGAUUGGUACGGCAUCCAAGGCGAAACACGAGAAAUUGACUGGAUUGUACGACGUGCUUCUCACACCUGAUCAAGACUGCUUGGUUGAAAUUAAAAAGCUCUAUCCACAAGGAAUCAAUGUGAUCCUUGAUUGCCUUAGCGGUGAAGAUGUUGGGAAGUCAUACAGUCUGCUAAAACCGCUCGGGAAGUACGUACUUUACGGAAUGUCAAAUCUGGUCACUGGUGACCGAAAAAAUUUCUUCAGCCUAGCAAAACAUUGGUUCCACAUGGAACGUAUCAGUCCGCUACGACUGCACGAGGACAACCGAAUGCUCGGUGGAUUUUGUCUCAAGUCACUCCUGUUCCCCAGGCAUCACCAUACCACAUCCUCGAACACGAAUGUCUGUAGUUCUGCGGAUUUGAUUCGUGAAACCUGGGCGAAACUGGAGAAGCUGGUCGAAUCGAAAUCGAUCCAACCGUGGGUGGAUAGCGAAUGGAGUUUUGAAGAGGUAAAAGAAGCAAUGGCACGGCUGCAAGAAAGAAAAAAUAUUGGAAAAGUCGUAUUGUUGCCAAAGGCCAAGCCUAAAGAGCCACAAACAACAGAAGCUACCAAGUGAUGAAAGCUGUCCACAGUAGGAUCUCUUGACGAAAAAAAGAUUGACGUGCGCUCCAUGUCCCCAUUUCCCAAAUUAGGUGCGGUUUAGCCCAAACAGAAGCAUGUUAAAAAAUUCCUUUCUUGUCCUAUUUGUUUGUUCCAUGUCAUGCCUAUCUUCUUUUUCUUAUGUUCCGAAUUACGUUCUCGAGUCGUGUCCAAUUACUCUCCAAAUCAUUCAAUCGAUCAAUCAAUAAAUCGAUCGUGAAAAUGACAGACCUGUUGAGUCUUGUAAUGUCCCCCUGGCCUGUCUUCCAACAGGAGCACUACCGAUUCCCCUUCAGGUCGGUGUUACAAUUACUCAGCUGUUCGACCGUUGUCUAAUUUUUAUUACAUUCAAAUCAGCAUUUUAGGUUUGCGAAUGUUUUACUUAAAUCUUUGCAUCACUUGUGAGUUUGUGCCUGUCAAAAUUGUCUACUGCUUUCCGUUUCUAUUGAUUUCUGGUACGAAUGCAUGCAAUACGGUAUCACAGCGACCCCGUUUGUCACCAACAUCUUCUAUAUAUGUGGCCAUAUUUUCAUAUUUGACUAACUUGUGAUAUUGUUUGUUUAUCUGUCCCUGCUUCGGAUGUUAUGUCCUUGUCUUGGUUUGCCCAUUUGUCGAUCGUCCUUUUGGUUGGAUCUCAAUCCGAUCCAUUUGUUGCCAAUAAUCAAUAAAAUCGAUUAACAGAAUGGCU